AUGGCUCCUCCAAGUGUAUUGAUGGUCGGCACGGGCGAGUACACCACUGGCUUCGUCGGCGGUGGUGCCUCGGGCUCGGACAAGAAGGUUGGCGUCGUGGGCCUCACAUUGUUCGACUUGCGCCGCCGCGGUAAGGUCGGUGACUUGAGCAUGGUCGGCGUGUCGGGCAAGAAGUUCCCUGGCAUUCGUUUACAAUGGCCUCGACACUUCCUUCGCCUCUUCCCUGCCGACGACCAGACCGACCCCGACGCCUACAAGUCGGCAAUUGACGCCCUGCCCAAGGGCUCUGCCAUCACAAUCUUCACCCCAGACUCGACACACUACCCAAUUGCUCUGUACGCCAUUGAGCGCGGACACCACGUCCUGAUCACCAAGCCCGCCACCCAGCGAUUGGGGGAUCACCUGGCACUGGUAGAAGCCGCGCGCAAGCACGGCGUCUUCGUCUUCGUCGAACACCACAAGCGCUUCGACCCAGCCUACUCCGAUGCUCGCGCCAAGGCGAAGAACCUGGGUGACUUCAACUAUUUCUACAGCUACAUGAGCCAACCGAAGAGUCAGCUGGAGACCUUCAAGGCAUGGGCUGGUCGGGACUCAGAUAUCUCGUACUAUCUCAACUCGCACCACAUUGAUAUCAACGAGAGCAUGGUGCCUGACUAUAAGCCUGUUCGUGUUACAGCUACUGCAUCUCAGGGAACUGCUGCUUCCCUGGGCUGUGUUCCUGAAACCGAGGAUACGAUCACCCUCUUGGUAGAGUGGCGACGCAAGGAUGACCCUGCUAAGAUUGCGACGGGUGUGUACACAGCCAGCUGGACGGCGCCGCAGAAUGCGGGUGUGCACUCCAACCAGUACUUCCACUAUAUGGCGGCCAAUGGUGAGGUUCGUGUCAACCAGGCCAAGCGUGGCUACGAUGUGACUGGCGAUGACCAGGGUUUGAUCUGGGUGAACCCCUUCUACAUGAAGUAUGCUCCCGACGAGGAAGGUAACUUCGGUGGUCAGACUGGCUACGGCUACAUUAGCUUUGAGAAGUUCAUUGAUGCCGUGACGGGCGUCAACGAGGGUCGUUUGACACUCGACCAGUUGGAUGCUCGCCCUCUGCCUACCCUGAAGAACACCAUUGCCACUACGGCAAUCCUGGAUGCCGGUCGCAAGUCGCUGGACGAGAGACGGCCGGUUGAGAUCGUGUCAGAGGGCGACAAGUGGGAACUGAAGUAA